CAUAUAUAUCACACCAGGAAGAAAAAUAAAACACUCAAAGAUUCUCACUUCUUUUCUUCUCCUCUUUGAUGGCUUCGAUCGAGAAGAUCUUCGACAAGUUCGACAAGAACGGCGACGGAAAGAUCUCAUCCGGCGAACUCGUAGACGUUCUGCGGGCAUUGGGGUCGGAGACGUCGGUGGAGGAGGUUGAAGUGGUAAUGCGGGAGAUAGACAAGGACGGCGACGGUUUCAUCGAUAUUCGGGAGUUCACGGAGUUUUACUACAGUGGCGGAGGAGGAGAUGAGGAGUCUCGUGACAAGGAGUUGAAGGAAGCGUUCGACUUGUACGAUCUUGACAAGAACGGGUUGAUAUCGACGAAGGAGUUGCACGCCGUGAUGAAUCGGCUGGGGAUGACGUGUACGGUGAGUGAUUGUGGUAGAAUGAUUAGCCAAGUUGAUAAAGAUGGUGAUGGUAGUGUUAAUUUUGAGGAAUUCAAGAAGAUGAUGUCCAAGUAACUCUUUUUAGGCCUAUCAUGGUUAUAUAUAUAUAUAUAUAUAUUAGUUUCAUGCAAUGUGUAAAUUAAUAUGUAUUAGCCCUUUUAAUUUUCUUCUUGGGAGUUUUUCUUGAUUAGAGCGGAAGAGGAUGGGGAUUCUCGAACUCGAUUUUUAUGAGAUACUAUACAUAUGAGUAUCAUCUUAAUUACUCGCGUGGACGUGUUCUCUUCUUAGGAAAUCAAGUGUUAAUAAUAUUGAUUUUUCUCCUUUAUGUAA